ACUACAGUAACGUUCGUGAAAUUGGAUAACAGAUUUCCAUGGAAGUUCGUUCACAUUUAUUUUGAAGUUUUUAAUUUUUCGCUGCAUAGGAAACGCAUCGCAAUCGGCUAUAGAAGCAACAACACUGCCAGCAAGUAUCGCUGAUCAGCCGACGGUGUGUGUACGUUUGUGCUGCCUGCUGCCAUUUUUCGGUGCGUACUUUUGUUGUUGCUCUCCUUGUAUUGCUCGUUAUUUGCUAGCUCGACAUUCCAUAAAAAUCAAGUUGGUAAAAAUCUAAUAAGAAUAUGUUUCUUGAAUGCAUUUCACCCGUGGAAACUGAUUGACCACACCUAAUCGAACAUAAGAAAAAGUAUUAAACAAAAUUUGUGUGCUUGGGAUUUCCUUACGCAGUAUUUACUCGAAAGGCGUGUUUCGCCCGAAUUUGAAAUAGCGAAAAUCGAUUUCGUUUUUCGACUCGGGUGCUGUGAAAAGUUCGCCAGCGAAUUGAGAUAAAAACGAUCUAGCAGGAGCCUCAAGACAUCUGCGAUAUGGAGAAAUUAAAAGUCAAAACUAUAGGUGUGCUACGUGAGCGUGAAGGUGUUACAAAUGGCAAUGGAAAUGGCGUUUGUCGUGUGGUGACACUUACCUCUGCGAUUGCUGAUAGUGGAGGCAAUGUUGCUGUUGUUGCAGGUCGUGCUGAAGAUGGGAAGAAUGACGGUGCUGGAAGUGGUGGCAAUUGUGUCCCAGCUAACCGCCCCACCACUGCAGCAGCGCUUGUGCGUCAGUUACCUAAAAUGUCUGCCUCGGAUUUGGCCGGAAUAUUGAAUUGUAAACGUCGUUUGGAAUGGACAAAAGAGUGGUUGAAAAAGAACCAAACAGAGUUUUUGAGCAAAGAAAAUCUACGCAAAGAAAUACAAUUCCGUAGUAAUGAGAUAUAUCACUUUAAUUGUUUUUUCGACAUAACGGAGCGACAGUUCAGAUACUUGGUGAAUAACCUAUCACCAGUUAUAAGUUCCUAUGAGCCGCAUCGGAAGAAGAAAUCAUUCAGUGCAGAGGAGAGAAUUGCUAUAACGCUAAAGUAUUUGGCCACGGGUAUGUGCACAUAUUAAAAUUUUUAUUUUUAUUAAGCCUACAAAACUAUAAAACUUUAUUUUUUAAUACAUAUUAACGUAUAGGUUAUUAGAUUUGCAUGUGACCAGAAAAGAAAUGCGCAUGCUUAUAUGUACAUAUUAGUGUGCAGUUAUCAAGGGCCAAAAAAUCGGAGGAUUAAUUUAUUUGUACUUUGAUAUUUGAUUUCUCAAGUCACUCAUAUACAUAUUUGUGUAUUCCUGGGGUCUAGGUUCAUGAAGAAAUUUUUUUUCGUAUAUAUUU